AUGAAAGCUCCGCGCCCAGUCUACAGACGUGCCUACCCCAACUUGGAUUCACUGUUCGGUCAUGUCUACUCAAAUUUGACCGGAGAGCCGUUGACACCGACAAAAGUCGCCACGUUCUACUUGCUUCGCAUCUUGUUCCAGACGCACUUCGGUCUCCGCCACAAGCCCUCGUUCUACGGUCUGUUCCACUAUCUUGAGAAGCAGAAACUCUUCCAUUGGCUCUACGCGUUGAUGUCGUCGAACACUGAGCUCACCUACAAAGACUACCGCCUCGUGACUCGAAUGGCGUUCGGAGAGGAUCGAGAGAUCAAUCAGAACUUCUAUGCGAGCAUGGAGCAACUGGGAUCGGCAUUGGCAGAUAUCAAUUUUGGAAUUGAAGACGAGUUCUACACGAACACGUACGCAAAGGACCCGAACUUGAGGUGGGAUGAUAUGGAUCACGACCUAUUCGCGUUGGAAACACAAGAUGAUCUUCAUUUCACAUCCAACUUCUCGUUCGUCUAUCGAUGGCUGAAGGGGAUUCUCGCCCAAUACACCAAGACAUCAAACGGCGAUCUCUUCAAGUUAAAUCUGAAAAUGCGUCAGUGGAUACUUGCCGAAGAAAACAACCCAUCACCGAUUGAGAACAUGGGAGCAGUCCUCCCAUACGUUAUCGAUUGUUCCAUGAGAGCCAGAAAAUGGACGAACGAGACUAUCUUCAACGUCCAGAAGGAUCCAACUCAUACAAUGCCCUUCGAUGACAUCUUCAACUACGUGAGAAUCGUCCAAAAACGACAUCCGGACGUCAUCGAAGCGUUUCUUUUGGAGGCGAUCAUCCACAUUCAGAUGAAAGAUGGAUCCCGUGGUAUGAAAGCGUUGAAGUCCUAUUUUGAGUUGUCCAUGUUUGAGUUGAACAGCAACAUGGUGCAUUGUAUGAAGACUUACCGUCUCGGAGUGCCCAACUUUGCUCCAUUGAUGUACUCGCCAAUCCUUCAAGCCAGAAUUUGCAGACUCUUUGGGGACUACCCAACCGCCCGCGUGCUGCUCGACGAAAGUCUUCGCCAGGCUCAAAUCCGCAACGAUGAAAUUUGUCAUCAGAUGGCAAAUGUUGAAAUGCAUACGUGUGGAAUCAUUGGCUGUGGACCGAUUCUCGAGGACAAUGCUCAGAGAAUCAUCGAGUACGUUGACAAGGACCGUCGCAUCCUCAGAAAAGCGUUGAGACACAUUGAUGACCUCCACGGACAACAUCGCACCGGUCCGUGUUGUCUGGAGUCGGAGGAUGAUUUUGAGGUGCUUGCCGAGUUGGAUUCCUAUGGAAAGAUGGUCAUGAUUCUGAAGACGAUUGCUGCGGGACACUACAAGUUAAAGUACAACCGGGUCGCCGAAACAGGAUUCAAUUGUCAAGUGGGAAGUGACUCGCAGGAGAGAGGGCAGAAAGUUUUUGCGUUUGGCUACUCGAUUAUGAGCAGUAAUAUGAUCCGCAACGGGUUGUACUCCCAAGGAAAGAAGAUCUCUCAGGAGUUGCUCUCCGGGAACUUGGAGACAGACAAAGGAGGAUCCUUCCACACAGAACCAUUUGCUGUUGGAAUGGCCAACUUGGCGUACUCACACGCGGCGGCUGGAAACUAUAUGGAAGCCCUCACCGUCGUUGAUGAAAUGAAGAUAAAGUUCCCGGAGGAGCUCGUGUGGCAAGGAUAUCGUCACACGCACAUCUGUGAGACCAUCAUCAAUUUUGAGAAGUUGUUCUUGAUGAACAAGUACAAUGAGUGCAAUUCGAUUGUUGGGGACCUCGCGACGUACUCGGAGCUAGAGUACCGUAUCCGACGUUGUCUUCUCCUCAGCGCUCUUGGCCGAUGCGACGAGGGAACGACUUACUUGAUGAGCUUAUUGGUGGAGGAUGUCUAUGGAAAUAUUCGGAUCUUGAUGCAACGCGCCACCAUCUACACUGCUAACAAGUAUUUCGGAAGAGCAGCGAUUGCUCUCGACGAGGCGUUGAUUUUGGCGGAGGGAACCACGUUGCUGGGAAUCAAGGCGCUCAUUAGAAGGAGAAUGGCAACAAUGAUGAUGUGCCAAGGUCGAUACCGCGAAUCUCAAGAACUCCUCGACUACUGUUUCGAGGAAGUUCUCCGUCAUGGGACAUUCAUUGAGAAGGCCUGCCUCUACAUGACUGCUGCUCGGACUGCACGAUUCCUUGGCAAAGACCCCCGCGACUUCCUCCGAAUGGCUCGUACCCUGGUGCAUGGAAAGUGGCCGGCAAUGGAGAAAUUGAUCUUCUCGGAGCUUUCGUUCCUCCACAAACCGGAUGGAUUGAUGCCCAACACGAAUCGAUUGUCCCAAGUGUGUGAGCAAUUUGGAAAGUUGACGGACGACUAUCCCGGAAGAUGCGACUGGCUCCUGCUCUGA